CGGAGUGGUACUGCGGAGUGUCAAGAAGGCAGGUUAGAAGAAGAAAGGGAGGAUAUUUGAAUAUCUGUAUGCAUGUAUGUAUAUAGAACAUUUCAGAUUUGAUAUUUCGGGUCACUCUAAUUUACGUGAUACCGUCCUCUAUAUGGUGCUGCACGUUUGUUCUAUCAGUCUGUGAAUUAAACCUCGAAGGUUAACACCUGCGGGAGUCUGCAGCACGCUUGCAUUGUUCCUGGCCGACUGUUGUCCCUGCUUUAUUUUACGCAUAAAUAGCAGCUUGGAAGUGAUUCACGAGUGCAGUACAGUUGAGCAAAACAGGAGGCAAGAAAACUUGUAGAUUUUGCUGAAGAACUGGCAGCUGGACUGCAAGCCCCACUCAUGACAAGAUGUCUGCUCGAGAGAGGAGUCCUCGCCACAGACCGUGGUCUGUGUAUGGGGCCAAUGCAUUUAACAUCUCUUCUGAGAUGCUUGGCUUAACAUUAGCAGGAAACAGCCAGGAUCCAGAUGAGCCUGUUUUAGAAUUUAGCCUUGCUUGCAGUGAAUUAAUAACUCCAUCUUUGGAUCGUAAACCAAAUAGUUUUGUAGCAGUAAGUGUGACCACACCACCACAAGCUUUUUGGACAAAACAUGCUCAAACAGAGAUCAUUGAGGGCACAAGCAACCCAAUUUUUCUAAGUAGCAUUGCAUUUUUCCAGGAUUCCUUAAUCAAUCAGCAAACACAAGUGAAGCUCUCAGUUUAUGAUGUGAAGGAUCGAUCUCAGGGAACUAUGUAUUUAUUGGGCUCUUCAUUGUUCACUGUAAAAGAACUACUGCAAGAGAAACAACACAGGUUACAUCUAAUGCUAAGGUCUGCCGAAAAUGAUCGAGUAGGAAACAUAACUAUUAUCGCAUGGCAAAUGGAGGAAAAACGUGAACAAAGGCAAGCAGUAACAAGACUUCCGGACACUAUAAAUGGACGGAUGGUUCUUCCUGUUGAUGAAAGCUUAACUGAAUCAUUAGGAAUUCGAACAAAAUAUGCAUCUUUAUGCAAAGACACUUUAUUGAAAUCAGUUUUUGGUGGUACUAUGUCUAGGAUGUAUCGAUUCCCAACAACAGAUGGAAACCACCUGCGGGUACUUGAACAAAUGGCUGAAAGUGUUCUCUCUCUGAACGUCCCACGACAGUUUGUAAAACUCCUGCUCGAAGAGGAUGCAGCUAGAGUGUGUGAACUCGAAGAACUUGGAGAACUGUCUCCCUGCUGGGAAAGUCUUCGUCGGCAGAUUGUUACACAAUACCAAACUAUCAUUUUGAACUAUCAAGAAACACUAACAAAUUUACAUCAGUACAAAGGACCAUCUUUCAAAGCUAGUAAUUUGAAAGCAGAAAAAAAAAUGGAAUUCAUUCCUACAAACCUUCACAUACAGAGAAUGAGAGUACAAGACGAUUCUGGCUCAGAUCAUACCUAUGACAUUGUUACUAUUGGAGCACCAGCAGCUCAUUGCCAAGGCUUUAAAAAUUGUGGGCUUAGGAAGCUUAUAAACAAGUUUGAAGAAGCAAAAAAACACGUUUAUGAGGAGGGUUGCAGUGCUUUGUCCAGCUCGCAGUCACUUGUGUACAUCCCCCAGGACAUUUUGAAGGCAAAGGAGAUCAUAGCUCAUAUCAAUACUCUGAAGACCCAAGUCAGCUACUAUGCUGAAAGGCUUUCCAGGGCAGCCAAGGAACGAUCCUCAAAUGGACUGGAAAGAACUCUUGCCAUCUUAGCAGAUAAGACACGCCAACUGGUUACUGUCUGUGACUGUAAACUGCUAGCAAAUGCAAUCCAAGCAUUAAAUGCUGGCAGACCAGAAUACAUUGCAUCCAAAGCCUCGCCAACAUCUGGAGAUGCAGACCAAGUGAUGUUAAGAAAUGAUCAAGACACUCUGGUGGCUAAAUGGACAGGGAAAAACAGCAGAUCAUCUCUGCAUGUAAACUGGCAUGAAGAAGAAUGGGAAAAAGUGUGGUUGAAUGUUGAUAAAAGCUUGGAGUGCAUUAUCCAAAGAGUUGACAAACUACUUCAGAAAGAGAGGCUACAGAGUGAUAGUUGUGAGGAUGUGUUCCAAUGUGAUGUCACCUGCUCAAACAAGAAAGGUAACCUGGACAAUCGUGCAUACUGGAUUAAUCCAGACUUCUUAGAUGAACAUAGUUUAUCUCCAUCCUCUUCAUCACCAUCCUCUUCACCAGAACCAUCUGCAUGCCAUUCUCUGAGUAGCACAAAUCACAACACCCCUGCUGAGGAGACUGCUCCAGGAGAAUGGAGUGAGGCCCUUUAUCCUUUGCUGACAACUCUCACAGAUUGUGUAGCAAUGAUGAGUGACAAAGCUAAAAAGUCAAUGGUUUUUCUACUAAUGCAAGACACUGCACCAACUAUAGCUAUGGAUCUGAGUUUACAGUACAGAAGGGAUGUUGUUUUCUGUCAGACGCUGACUGCCCUGAUUUGUGGAUUUAUAAUCAAGCUUAGAAACUGUCUUCAUGAUGAUGGGUUCCUUCGUCAGCUCUACACCAUUGGUCUUCUAGCACAGUUUGAAAGUUUGCUGAGCACAUAUGGAGAAGAACUUGCAAUGCUAGAAGACAUGAGCAUUGGAAUUAUGGAUUUGAGGAAUGUGACCUUUAAAGUAACACAAGCCACUUCAAGUUCUUCCUUGGACAUGCUGCCAGUAAUCACUGGAAAUCGUGAUGGAUUUAAUGUGAGAGUCCCUUUGCCUGGAACCAUGUUUGAUGCACUGCCAAGAGAAAUUCAGAAUGGUAUGCUGUUGCGAGUACAGCCUGUCCUAUUCAACGUUGGAAUCAAUGAGCAGCAAACGCUUGCAGAAAAGUUUGGAGACACAUCAUUACAGGAAAUUGUUAACAUGGAAAGCUUAGCCCGCUUGAAUUCUUAUUAUGAACAGUUUAAGGAAGUCUUACCUGAAGAUUGUCUACCUCGAUCACGCAGCCAGACAUGCUUGCCAGAACUAUUGCGAUUUUUGGGACAGAAUGUACAUGCCAGGAAAAACAAGAAUGUUGACAUACUUUGGCAAGCUGCAGAGAUCUGUCGCCGGCUGAAUGGUGUCCGUUUUACAAGCUGUAAAAGUGCUAAGGAUAGAACUGCAAUGUCAGUGACACUAGAACAGUGCCUGAUUCUACAGCAUGAGCAUGGAAUGGCCCCUCAAGUGUUCACACAAGCCCUGGACUGCAUGAGGAGCGAGGGAUGUCGGAGAGAAAACACCAUGAAGAAUGUUGGGUGCCGCAAGUAUGCCUUUAACACUCUACAACUCAAGGCUUUUCCAAAAUAUUACAGGCCUCCAGAGGGAACCUAUGGAAAAGUUGAAACUUGAUAAGAAACCUCAAAAAUAGAAUAAUAAAAGUAGAUCACACUGCUAACAAAAAUGGUUUUCAUUUAUAGAUGUUUAAAGUUUGUAAUUUAUUUAAAACUUUAUGUUCAAAAAAGAAGUUCAACCACCUGUGGCAAAAGUGGUAGUUUUAAAGCAUAUCAACAAAACUGUUUUGUAGAUAUUUCAUAUUUAAUCUGCCACUACAGUUUUCAUGUAUGCUGUAGAUAGAGAGCAUGCUUUCUGUUUUGUGGAACAGAAACUACAGUUGUAGUUAUAAAAAAUACUGUACAGUGAUUCAAUAAGAGAAUUUUCUUUUGAAAAAAAAAAAAGAUCACAGAAGGUUAAUUAGAUGUGGUUAGUGGAUGAAAUCUAUUUUUCGUAUAUACACGGUAUAUAUUGAAUUGGUAUAUGUGCUGUUGGGAGUCCAUGACAAAGUAACCGUGAGAGGUUAAUUUAGUAUAAAUAUAAGUCAUCAUCAUAUGGUUACUUCAGGAAGAAUAAAAUGCAAAAGUUCCUGAAAUCAAGAAUAAGGUCUUGAUGACUCUUUGCAGUUUAAUUUAUUAAAAAUAGCAAAAAUGUGAGCAGUUACUUUAAAGCAUAGAAUCAACAACAAAUGUGGUAAAAAUUCUAGUGAAAUUAAAUGAAAGGCCCUACUAAAAAACUUAUUAUUCAAAUAUCAUUUGUUUAUGUAAUUAAAUAAUAAUUCAUUGACUGACCUCUAGUCUAAAUCAUAUUGCCAUUAACUCUGAUUUUAAAUAGAUUGUUGGAUGAGUUGAUUAUCAAAACAGUUUCUGCUUUUUUUUUUUACAAGUAUGUUGUUCCGGUGGCAUUUACUUCUGAAUGUUCUUCGUGCCUUUGAGCUAUAGCACAUAUGCCUGAGUUUUAGACUACAUUAUUAGUGAAUACAAGAAACCACAAAGAUCCAUGGAUAUCAAGUUCAGCUUUGUAACACAAAGAUAUCAAGAUGUAAGCACCUUGCACAACAGCAUUAGUAAAUAAAUAAAUAGGAUAUAACUAAAAAAUAAUGCCAACUAAUUGUAGCAUGUGAAUUCACAAGCAAUGUGGCAGUUUUAUUUUCCACAAAACACACAAUAAUGUUGUGUUUAUAUAACAUUAAUUCUGUAUUAGUUGUUUCUGCCUGUGUAGUUUCACCAACAGCCCUAAACAUUAAGUCAUUUAUGAAUAUCUAGAUGGAUGAUAAUAUCCUGGAUAGCUUAUUUUGACCCUUGGUAUAUUUAGAAUUUCAGGUUUUAUUGAAGUGAACCUUAGAUGAACACAGCCUAGUCAAUUUAGAAUCUUGUGAUACUAGCUACUAAGAACAUGUCUAAUGUUAUUGUCUUGACAUACACUUUAACAUGUGAAAAAAAAAUGUGUGGAAGGCAUGUAGCAUGCCGUCUAGACAGCAAAGCAACUGGAAGUAACAAGGGAUUACUAAGACUAAGCAUGGAAACAUAAAAGUCAAAGAAAUAAACAAAGUAUCGUGGGAGACAAAUACUCCAGCACACAAGCCUUAGAUAUAUACAUGAAAUUUAGCAUUUGGAGAUGCCAAACACUUUAGAUAAUAUACAGUAUACAGUAUAUAUAUUUAUUUAAACAGGAUUUGUUACAUUCUUUGAGCAAUGCAAAAUAAUACAUUUCUUAUGCACAGAAUCUUAAUGUAAACGCUUUGUUUAGUUUCUGUUAAUUGCUGAGCUCCAAAAUAUGUGUGAUUUACUUUGAUGAAAGUCAGUUAUUUUCAUGGAAAGGUAUAUUUAAUGUGACAAUCUGAAGCAGUAUUGUCUUGAUCAGGUAAAAAAGGGCUACAAAAAUGAUAUUUUCACAAUGCAUUUUUCUGCUUUUUCUUGUUCACUAAAAUAUUUUUUGUCUGCUGCAUGCAAACACAGCAUAAAGGGUAGCAGAAAAUGAUGAAUAGAAGCACAUUUCACGUACAGAAUGUGUAGAACAUGUACUGUAUUUAGUCCUGAUAUUAGGUUAAACCAAUUAAUAAUUACAGUUCACAUGUUACUCACUAAACAAUGUCCAUCAUUAAAAUAAUCCAUACUUGUACAAUGUUAAUGCAUUAUUCUGUUUGUUCCUACUUUUAGAAAUAAAAAAUAAGUCAGAUGCUGGCAGUCUCACAAGUAAUCUUCUGUUAGAUGGAUUGACUGACAGACAAGUAUAGUAGAGAAUCAAAAAGAGUUGAUAGAAAUGAGCUUAGCACACAGUGUUUACUAUGACAACAGAUAGAUUCAGAAUUUACUAAAGCAUAAAAUAAACUUAAGAUUUUUUAUAAUGCCCGCCACUGUCUAAAAAUGUAUAGCUAACACAAAAAUAAUUAAUUAAAUAACACAGCUAGCCUGGCUUUGUGUGCUAGAUUAUGUUCAUCUUAACGUUUCCUUUGAAUCCACAACCUCAUUUUGUGCUAUUUUCUAAUUAUAUAGUAUUAGUUAUUAGUCUAUAAUAUGUUGAGCUUUUUAAGUUGCAUUUUAUAAAAGUCUGUUGAAAUAAAUGUCUCAUUCUUUGGGUUUUGAAGCACAAGUCUCCAUCAGUACUCUGUUGCAAUGUUGUACUUUCUUUAUGCAUAUUUCAAGAAUAAGUUACUGUUCGUCCAAUUUUCAUUUGUCAAUAUGAUAUAAGCAAUUUUAGAGAUUAGGAGAAUUACAGCUAUAAUGUCAAAAUAUUGUCAUUUUAAUUAAAAUAUUGUAAAGGUAAUAAUAGUUGAGUUAAAAUGAAAACCAACCCACGCAGCAGUUAUACCAGAAUGUCAUUGUUCUCCUUAUUUAAAAAUUAAAUGGAAAGAUCUAGGAAAAAGAAAUAAAUUAAACCAAAAUGUCUCUAUCUUUAUUUUGUGACAUGGUUAUUUAAAAGAAAUUUAAAGUAUUUUAUAAAUGCAUUUCAAAAUAACCUUUGUGCAUUCAGAAGCUUUUAGUGAAACUUCAAAUUAUUCCAAAACAUCAUUUAAAAUAAGAUGAAAAAAUUAAUUUUGUACCAUAUUUUUAACAUGAGAAUCCUGACUUUAGUCUUGAAAUCAAAUCACUAAAUGAAACUGCCUAGUGGUGAAGGGUUUAUGUCAAGUUUGAGUUCUCACAGUACACUUUGGUGAAACACAUAUUGAUGCAAGUCAUCAUUUCUUGAUAAUUCCAUAUUAGUAGUUACAAGAGGAGGAUUUUGAAUUUUCUUAUUCAUGUCUGCUGGAAAUUAGAUUUAAGUGUAAUUUAAGAACAGGUAUAAUAAAUUAUUCUACUCAGUGACCAAUAAAAAAGGAAAUUUAGGAACUAAGAUGACACUUUUAUUAUUUUCUUGCCCUAAAUAGUUAUCAAACACUAAUUUUUGAAUUGGUAGCCCCAAGCUUUGGUGUUUUGGUAAAUAUUAAAACACAUAUAGGCAGAAAUUCCAGUAAACAAGAACAUUUCUUACUAAUACUCCAACAAUGUUUUCUUGAGUUUCUGUUAAUAACAGGAGUGUGAGCAUAAUACACCCAGGUCAAUUCUGCAAUAAUAUUUCAGACAUGUUAGGCAAAAUCAAACAUUUUAUAUAUAUAUAUAUAUAUAUAUAUAUAUAUAUAUAUAUAUAUAUAUUGUGUGCAGUACAGGGUGCUGGUUAGCACCUUUAAAGGGGAUCUCAGAGUGAUGUACAAAACAAACAAGUACCGCAUUCACAGUACAGAAUUCCAGUGUGGUGAUUUGCCUGCCUUAUGUUUGUUAAGUUGCCAGUCCUUAUGGACUCCUAACACCCACACAGUGUUUCCAGUUAAGCGUUAGGCUUAAUCUUUAAACAUUACAAUUGAAUUCCUACCUGUGGAGCUCUCCUAACCUGCCUUUUCUCCAGUUGUAAAUAGUAAAACUAAACAGCUGUCAGGGUCUUGUAAGCCAUCCCACUCUAGUUACAUUAUAAAGCUCUGAAAAGUAUUGAAACAGAUCCCAGUGUCGGGCAAAACAUGCUUUUCGGAUUGUUUCAAAUAAAUAACAGUUUUCUCUAAAUUGUUCCUUACCCGUUACUUACAUCAACACAAUCUUCCAUUCAGUGCUACAAAUAUUGUACUUCUUAAAGUCAAACCAUGCAUUCGAUCUGUUGUAAUAAGCAGCAUAUUUCUCAAAUGUUGUGUUCGUUACUAGAAAAAAAAUCAGCAUUCAUAUGUGCUUUAAAAAGGAUGUAAAAGAAUAUGUUUUACAUGAAGAGACAUGCCAAACAGUUGAUCUUACCACACUGACUCCUUCAUUAACUCAACACAUUUGCAGAUAGGCAAGGAAUUGCACAAGGUAAGAUUAUAUUGUACUGAGAUCAGAGUUAAAUAUGUAUUCCUUCAUUUUGAAUACAGUUAUAAAUAAAUAACAUAUGUGUGCAGUUUCACCAUCUGUAAACCAGAAAGGCUUAUAUGGUCAUCCAUGUGAUAUAUUUAUCAACAACUGACGCACCUCCACUUAAAUGCAUGUAGCAAAGACGAGUCUAUAGUUGAACUAGACAGUACUGAAAGACAUUUUAUUGAAGAACUGACGCGAAAUGCACUUUGUUUUAUCUGAGCAUACUGUGUAGUUGUUUUAAGCAUAAUGUAAAUUAUGAACAUGUGUCAGAGCACCUUGAAUUUAUUUUGCUUUUAUUUUUUAUAUAUAUGUAUAUAUUUUAAACACUGUAUUACAAGCCUUGGUCACAGUGCCAGCUGCCAGGUGUUAUGCAUUUGUUUAUUUACUGUAUUUAUGUUUUCCACAUUCACCUCAAAACUUAUAAUUUUGUUAUGCUGUAAAUGUGCUUUUUCCCAGUACUCUAUUAUUAAAAUUUCAAAAAGUGAGCCAAAA